AUUGGCCAAACAGGAGGAGGCUCUUCAGUUUGGAGUAGCGUUGUUCGUAACUGACUCUUUUUUUUUGAAUAGCAGCCUAUGUCUCCAGAGGAUGAACUCCAGAGUCCCCCUCUUGGUUUCAGCUCUACCAGGGAGGAUGUUAUUCUCAGCUGUGCUGAUCUCGCUACCUCUCAGGAGCCAUGGAGAAGAAACAGAGCCCGCAGCAGUCUCCAAACAAGAACCCCAGAGGCUGACAUCAAUUGCUGUGGAAACUUUGCUGUGGAUGGAAAAAGGAAUUUCCUGAAAAUAUUGACAGAUGCAGAAGCAGCUGCAAACUCUGCUGCCAUACAGCUCGUGUCUUUUAAAGAUGCCAUGGAGGAUGGAUUCACUGAUUCAAGGCAGUGUGCCACAGACAAACGCAGAAUUACAAGGCAGAGAGGACUUUUGCUGGAGAAGUUGGAGGACUUCAGAAGAAUAAAUAAGUCUGUCCGACAGAAACUGAAACAGCUCCAAGAUACAGAGGCUCAACGAAUUGAUGCAGACCACCGAAUUUACAUUUUAUUGAAGAAGCUCUCACAGGCCGAGAGUGAAAAUGAGCGUUUAAAAAGAGACUUGAGCGAGACGGAGAGGAGAGUUGAGGACCUGAUGGCUGAGCGGAGAGAAGAGCAGGAGAACAUUAAAGGUACCGUCCACAUCAGCAAGUCUUUGGAGGCAACUCGUGCUCACCUGCAGGGGCAGCUACGCAACAAGGAGGCGGAAAACAAUCGCCUGACUGUGCAGCUACGGACUUUAGAGAGAAUAACGGAGCAAAAGUUGGAGGUAGACGAUCUGAAAGUGUCCAUCACGUCUUUGACUGAAAAGGCAGCACAAGACAAACUAUCCCUCAAAAAAGCCACGCGAGCACAGAAACUGAGAGCUGAGAGGUUCGAGGUCGCCAUUGAGAAAUGCUAUGAACAAUUGAGGGAAAAGGAUGCUCAGCUGGCAAACGCCCGCUCAGAAAGAGACUCGAGGAGUAAACAAAAGGAGCAGAUGACAGAUGAGAACAACCAACUUUUAGCUCAUUUAGAGAUGCUGAAAAGCCAAAUUGCAGACGUGUCAGGGAGGCUGCAGAAAGAGAAGGACGAGCUCAACGCAGCCAACGAAAUUGUGAUGCAACGAGUUAAAAAACUCAGCGCUGAAAAUGGAGAGCUCAGCGUCAAUAAUGCAACACUGAAGGCGUCAGUGGCGGAGUUGGAGCAGCAGCUGGCAGAUUCUGAGUCGGCCCUGAUAGAAGAGAAGAUCGUGUCCCAGGAGAGGAAACAUCAAACUGAAAAGUGCCAGUUUCAGGCUGCAGAGCUUCAAUUCGAGCUAGAGGAUCUGAGGAUGAAAUAUGCAAAUAUUUUAAGAGAGACAGAGGCGACAAGAGAUGAGAAAGAGUCAGAAGUUGAGAAGGUGAGGCAGGAGCUGCAGAGGCGUGUGGAGGAGCUGAAAUCGUUACCAGAGUUACUGAGCUCAGCUGAGCAGAGUCUCUCCGAGUGCCAGGAGAACCUGCGGCGCUCAGAGAGGAAGUGCUCAGAACAGUCAGAGUCCGUUAGGCAACUGCAGGUUAAGAUGGAGAGUCAGACUAAACUGCUGUCGUCCUCUGUGGAAAUGAAGGACUCCAUCCGUGAGGCCAAUUUACAAAUACAAGAGAGGGUGAAUUCUGUCCAAAAACAGAUGGAGAAUCUGCAGCAGGAAAACCUGGAGCUGGUUCGGAGACUUGCAGGUCAGGAGGAAGCUCUCAGCUACAGCAACCGACAGCUGGAUCAGCGCUCGUCGGAGUGUCAGGCCCUCAGCCGGCAGCUGGAGGCGGCUUUAUCAGACGUCAAACAGCAGGUCAACAAGGUCAAAGGCCGAGCUGUUUCAAGAGAGGAGGCCCUUCAGACUAGAAUCCUGGAGCUGGAAGCCGAGAAGAGCCGAAGAGAUAACGAGCUGCGGCUUCUUCGUCAGAAAAAGAUCACUGCAGAGAAACAGUUUGAGGUGCGUCUGAAGGACCUGCAGAUCAGCCUUGACCAAUCAGAGAGCCACAAACAAAGCAUUCAGAACUAUGUGGAUUUUCUGAAAAACUCGUACACCACAAUGUUUGAUGAGGGACUGCAGACGACAACUUUUGGAUCGUCGUAUUUUCUAAAGUGAGUAAAGAUUGAUGUCUUUCAUUUCAUGUGUGUGUGUGUGGGUGAAAAUCAUUUUUUGAGAACCUAUUGUGAGUUUGAUAGUUUUGGGCUGUCUUUUGAUACUUCUACAGUUUGCUGGAAAUGUGGGACUUUGAUUUUCCAGGUAUCAGGAAAAUUGACUGUAGUUAGAGAGGUUUGAUGACUGUUUUUUUUAACCUUAUGUACAAGAAGUAAUUGGUGCUGUCGUGAAUGUAUAAACCUAAUCUGAGGCUUCUGGGUAAGACUGACACUGACUAAGACAAUCUGUGGAACAUUACUGAGUGACUAAAAGAAGCCAUAAAAUGUCUUAAUUUAAGACCUACUUUGUUUCACUUGAAUAAUUUGUACAACACCUUAAACACUGUGUACAAGUGUCCGCUUGUUGUAAGAGCCUUCAAAAGAAAAUCAACAUUGUAGAUAGAUACAGUAAAUGGAUUUAGGCGUGAAUGUGAUUUUGUGCUUGUGAUGCUUCAAUUUGCAUUUUUUUUAAUCCAUUUAAAUUAAAAAAUGUUGGGUUUUUUAAGUCUGUUAUCAGAUUAGAAAAAAGGACAUCUGAAGAUGUUUUGCUGGGCUCUUGGUCAAAGUAACAGCCAUUAAAUUAAAUUUCUGUCUUCCAGCUGGAGAAAAAUAAUGUACCACUAGGUGGAACUAUUUUGUUACCCAUCUUGUUCCUCGUUGAGUGUCUCAUUUGACUCACAAUGCAUGGUGGGCAUUCUGAUCUGUGUGCAUCAGGCUCCAAAUCAGACUAGGUGUUUCCCUCCAUUCUUUACAUACAGAGAGUAAUGAACGCAAUUGUUAUCCAACACAAUGAGUGCUGGUAUAUGUUGCACAUGUCCAUAUUACUUUUAACUGGUAUGAUAAAUGACUUAUUCAUCCCUCCUAAAAAUGAAAUAUGCUGCGACUUGACUCCCAUCACAUAAUGAUAAUUCCUCUACCGUGAUUGACGCUGAUGAUGGGAAAUUAGGAAUAAAAAUGAUCAUGAGAUGAUCUCAUUUUUACUGAAAUCAAACGUGUCCAUGUCUGUAUAGAUAAUAGAAAAUGUGUGAUGAUUAUAUUUAAUGUGUUUAUGUUCUGAAUCCCAGCUGGACUGAGAUGCUGCAGAUCAAUUGCUCAGAUGUCAGACGAGAAGCUUCAUGCCUGUAGGGCUGCAAACAUAAUAACUGAAACACACGAACCUCUGGGAUAUUUCCAAACCACUUUAGACGCCGCUGUUAGUUUGUUCUUGUACUUUUAUAAUGAACGUGAAGACUGCAGGUAUCUGCUGCAGCACGACUUGAAAAGCUGAACUUGUGCUGUACUUUUUUUGUUUUGCUCUGUUGUUUCUUGUGGUCCCUCUCUGUAUCUAUGGUAAUAAACUUCCCUUGUGAGUCCCGA